AGGAGUUAUGGGGGGCAGCAGGGGUGUCUCAGAAAGACAAGCAGCAGCAGAAGCCCAUUUGCCACUUCAGGCUACACAGGGCCAGAGCCCCUGGAGAGUAAGCAGGAACCCAAGGGGACAGCCAGCCCUACAGCGAGGGAGAGGAAGACCACCUGGGGGCCACUAAGGCCCACCUCUCUUCUUCUCCAUUUUCCUUUUCUCCUUCCUCCUAACUGCUGCUUGCUAAUUGCAUGGGGACUCCAGGUGGGCAGGGAGGAGACACUGGUGGGGACUGGCGGGCAUGGCCAUUCCUUGUCUUGGACGCUCAAUCCUGGCUGCUCUGUGGCUGAGGAUCUCAGAGCCUUGGGUUCAUGGCCCUGGCCCAGGUCAAGGCCCCUGUAGGCUGUAUCUUCUUCUCCCUGCCCACAAAUGCCCAGCAGACUGGGCCUCCCGCCCUAGUCCCCACGCCUAUAGCACAGUACACGUGGACAAGAGGCCCCAGCUUGGUCCACCAUCUAGAUCUCCAGCCCCUCCGCCCUCAUCCUACCCUUUCCAGGGCACCCCCAGCUGGCACGCACUCCCUCUAGGUGGCAGUGGGGCUGGGGGAGGGUCCACAGCUACCUCUGAGCUUCCCUGCACUCCUCAGGAACUGAGAGCCAGGUGGGCAUUGAGAGGAGGAUGGUGAAAUGACAUGUCCCUCCACCCCAUCUGACCCUCCUCUGUGUCUCUUCUAAUCCAUUCUCCUUCUCUUCCACAGGCCAUGAACCUGGACCAGGUCUCCAAGGACAAAGCCCUCCAGAGCAUGGCGUCCAUGUCCUCUGCCCAGAUUGUCUCAGCCAGCGUCCUACAGAACAAGUUCAGCCCACCCUCUCCUCUGCCCCAGGCCGUCUUCUCCACUUCCUCUCGGUUCUGGAGCAGCCCCCCUCUCCUGGGACAGCAGCCUGGACCCUCUCAGGACAUCAAGCCCUUUGCACAGCCAGCCUACCCUGUCCAGCCACCCCUGCCACCGACGCUCAGCAGUUAUGAGCCCCUGGCCCCGCUCCCCUCAGCUGCUGCCUCUGUGCCCGUGUGGCAGGACCGCACCAUCGCCUCCUCCCGGCUGCGGCUCCUCGAAUAUUCCGCCUUCAUGGAGGUGCAGCGCGACCCUGACACGUACAGCAAACACCUGUUUGUGCACAUCGGCCAGACGAACCCCGCCUUCUCAGACCCGCCCCUGGAGGCAGUGGAUGUGCGUCAGAUCUACGACAAGUUUCCCGAGAAGAAGGGUGGCCUGAAGGAGCUCUAUGAGAAGGGGCCGCCUAACGCCUUCUUCCUCGUCAAGUUCUGGGUGAGCUGCCCUGGUCCCUCUCUUCUCCCAAGGAUCCCCCCAGAUGUGCGGUGCACCCAGGCCUACCCUACCGACCCCCUCUCCCCGGGCCUGUGGGCACUGUGUGGGCUAUGUAUGCCCCCAGCCCCAGGGCGGGACGCCUCCCUGGGCCUCGGACAGCACCUUAGGCCGCCCCGCCCCCUCCUCCAGGCCGACCUCAACAGCACCAUCCAGGAGGGCCCGGGCGCCUUCUAUGGGGUCAGCUCCCAGUACAGCUCGGCCGACAGCAUGACCAUCAGCGUCUCCACCAAGGUGUGCUCCUUUGGCAAGCAGGUAGUGGAGAAGGUGGAGACCGAGUACGCCAGGCUGGAGAAUGGGCGCUUCGUGUACCGCAUCCACCGCUCACCCAUGUGCGAGUACAUGAUCAACUUCAUCCACAAGCUCAAGCACCUGCCCGAAAAGUAUAUGAUGAACAGCGUCCUGGAGAACUUCACCAUCCUGCAGGUGGUCACGAGCCGGGACUCCCAGGAGACCUUGCUCGUCAUUGCUUUCGUCUUUGAAGUCUCCACCAGCGAGCACGGGGCCCAGCACCACGUCUACAAACUCGUCAAAGACUAGGGUGCCCUCCGCCCCCACCACCACAAUCCAGGACGAGCAUCUUCUCCACACACCUGCCUGGCACCCCUAGGGGUCCAGGAUUGAGGACUCAUCCACCCGCCAGGCCUCAGGCCCAGGACCCAGGAGGCCCCCCCAUCUACCCUGCACACACACUCCCUGCCACUGUUCUGCGCUUUAACUGAGGGAGAAGAGAGGAGGGCUCAGCAGUGGGGCAGCCUGGCGGUGACGCUGACCACCGUACCCAGCUCUGCCCAGCCUCGAAAGACUGGGAGGACACCUUCGAGCCCAGGCACGCGUGGACGCUGGCCCCUCAGGGGACUGUGACGGGCGGGUGAGGGCAGAAUGGAGACCAAGGGAACCGGAGUGCAGAGGCCCCAGAAGGGGAGUGUCGAGUUAGGGUCAAGUUGAGAAGAGAGAGGAGCCCACACUUUCUGUGCGCCUGCUGUGUGCCAGGCCUCGUGCAGGCCCCCAAGUGCCUUGUGCCAUCCUCAGACCCUGCAGGGCAAGCGUGGGGCUCGCUAUCUCAGUGGGGGGACCCGUGGGAGGGGUGGGCGGAGUUGGAGUCCUCCCCCGGUGCUGCCUGUCCCUAGAGCCCAGGUUUAUGCUACCUCCCUGGAGUGGGGGCUGGCCACGGGGGCAGGAGGGAGGGUCUGCACUGAGGGGCCAGCCGGCUGGAUUGGGGGCCUGAACAGACCACCUCCUGCCAGAGCACGGGGGGCUCCUGUGCGGCCCUCAGAGCUGCCUGACCCAGGUCCGGUCCCAAGCCACCCAGCAGCCUCCCAGUGGGCGAAGGCUUCCAGGGGCAGGCCCAGGCCUGAAGCAGGCUGGAGGGUCAGGUGGGAGGAUAGAGUCCCAGCCCCUGGGCAGGCCACUGGCCCAGGGACAAGGGGUAGCGGAAAAGUUUGGCAUUUUCUCUUGCCUAAGACUUGCGUCUGGUGGUGAACCCUUGGGGGGGCACCUGUCCCUUCUGUUUUCCCCACCUCAGUCUCUCUGGCAGCAGCUCCCCACACCCCGUUCUGGGAUUGAAGGUUAACCCUUCCCCGGCAGCCCCUUCUCAACACCCAGGCUCCUCCGCCCCCAGCCCCGUCCUCCCGCUGCCUGUGGGUAUUUAUGAGUUUCGUAUGAAGUACUGUGCCCCUUCCUCCCCACCGCCCGGCCGCCCCUGAGCUUCCUGAAGGUCCUCACAGUUUGCAUAUCGCUCAGGCCACCUCCAAACCCAACCUAGGUUUUAUAAUGUAUAUUAUAUAUUUGUUGUGUAUUUUUAAAAUCCAGCUCUGAUGGGUUAUAUCAUAAAUGUGGCACAAGGCUGGCGCAGGGGCCCUCAAGGCCCAGCUCCUGCUUAAAAAAAAAAAAAAUUAAAGUUAUUUGUUUGUGGGUUAGUCGUGUGACCAGUUGUGUGCCAUACCUCUGGGUUUGGACAGCUUCGGGGUGUCACCCCACCCCACCCCGUCUCUGCUGGGGGGCCCCAAGCGCUACCCACACUCAAAAUAGAUAGGAUUUGGAAAUUCCCCGGUGGUCCAGUGGUUAGGACUCCGCGCUUUCACUGCCGAGGGCCCGGGUUGGAUCCCUGGUCGGGGAACUAAGAUCCCAUAAGCCGAGCAGCACGGCCAAAAAAAAAGAAAAAGAAAAUAGGAUUCAAGGGCCUUGUGAAAGUUUUGCCAACUCCAACCUUUCUCCCACCCCUCCUGCUGUGAAUUGAGCACUGAAGUGUGGCCAGCACUGGCCUGAGCCUUAUGUCGCCUUGUCUCUUUAAGUGAAGUGACGCCCCAGGUGACUUCAAUACUGAGAUGGGCCCCCUGUUAAAUCCCCACAGUCCACAGUGGCUACUACUGGUUCUCACCGCCCCAUCCUCACUCCACACAUGA